ACCCCAAUGACCUUGGAAACAUGGAGCUUCCUCUGCAGGGUUAGGGUUCUGAUCUGGAAAGACAGAAUGGCUCUGAAUUGGAUCAGAACCAGAACCUGGAAUUACAAAUUGAAAUGAGCUGAAAGUUUUGGAGGAAGAGCUGGGACUGGAAAGACUGGUUUAUACUGGAAACGUCGGAGAUCAGAGCUGCAGCUGCUGGCUGAGCGAACCAGAACCUCUACUGGUUCUGGAUGUAUGUUGGAUGGAUGGAUGGAUGGAUGUUCAGACCGAUGUGCGGUUGGAUGAAGUGUUGGGUGGCGGUGGUAGUGCAGGUCCUGUCAGGACGGCGCCUCCUGUCUGUUAAUGUUUGCAGGGCUUUGCUGCUCAUUAACGGAGCACUUCCUGCUCUCCGGUUCUCCAGCUGUCAGGCUCCAGGAAUUGCUGCAGAUUAUAAUCCGUAUCUGAAUAUGCAUCAGAUCCAGAAUGUAAGCCGUCUCGGUCCAGGAGAACUCAGGCUGUUAAUCAGACAGAACCAUCCCAAAAUAAGAACCACGACUGGCCUGGCUCACGGAUACCAGCAGGCCAACGUCGUGGUCCUGCCGCGCCGCAUGGCUGACGACUUCGAGGACUUCUGUCACAGUAACCCCGCCCCCCUUCCUCUGCUGUACCGCAGCCAAUCAGGAGAGACUUCCUGUGAGCCUCUGGCUAAACAUGCUGACAUCAGGACGGACAUCUCCGAGUUCUGCGUCUAUGAGGACGGUCGCCUGGUGAAGACCGUCUCCAGCCUGCAGAGCUACAGCGAUCCGGCCAGGUGGGUCAGAACCGGGCUAGCCCAUCUAGGGAGUCCUGCUGCUAACUGCUGGUUCCGUCUGUCUAGAACUGGGUCUCAGCUGGCGGACAUGGUGACCUUCUACCUGGGCUGCAGUUUUGGCUUCGAGGGCCGGCUGGAGGAGGCCGGGAUUCCGGUCCGGAACGUGGAACAGGGCCGGAACGUCAGCAUGUUCCGGACCGCGGUGCACUGCAUUCCCAAAGGGGAGUUCCGCUGCCCCCUGGUGGUCACCAUGCGCCCGGUGCCGGCCGGGCUGCUGGACGCAGCCGUGGAGGUGACCCAUCAGAACCCACGGGCUCAUGGCGCUCCGGUUCACGUCGGAGACCCAGCUCUGCUGGGCAUUCUGGAUCUGACCCGACCGGACUACGGCGACCCGGUGGAGCUCCAACCCGGUGACGUUCCCGUCUUCUGGGCCUGUGGAGUGACGUCUAUAGAAGCCAUCCUGAGCAGCAAACCGCCUCUGGCGUUCAGCCACUCCCCAGGCUGCAUGUUCCUGACCGACAUCCCAGACGCUCCGUCAGCCAACACCGACCCACAGCUGACCCCGCUCUGCUUCCUGGUUACCCACAAUCCCCUGCUGUACAGCCUGGUCUCCAAGGCCACGGCUGGGAAGAUCCGGCAGCUGGAGCGCAUCAUUGGGGACGACCCGGGUCAGCGUGGAAUCGCCGCUCUGUUUGUCCAGGAUGAACUCCUCCGCUGCUGCCUGGCGCUGUCCCACUCCUCUUCUGUUGCCAUAGUAACCGGUUUCCCCACCCACCACCAGCACAGUCCUCCGGAUGAGACAGACGGGCCGCCCGGAGCUAUUGCCAUGGCAACCAUGUUGCUGUCACUAGGGAAACGGGUGACGCUGCUGACGGACCACAGGGCGGCAGACAUGAACCGAGCUCUGGUGGACGAAGCGGUGAGGACAGGAGUCCUCAAAGCUGCCAUCCCAUUGGUCAUCUUCGAGGAUCGCGGCCCUGACUCUGCAAUGCACUUCCUGUGUCACCAUGGAGACCCCACCAAGCCCAGGUUCGACCACCUGGUGGCGAUAGAGCGCAGCGGCCGGGCUCAGGAUGGCAACUAUUACAACAUGAGAGGAGAAAACAUCAAACACCUGGUGGAUCCGAUAGACGACCUGUUCCUCGCCGCUCAGAACAUUCCCGGAGUCAUGACCACAGGGAUCGGAGACGGAGGCAAUGAGUUGGGGAUGGGCAAGGUGAAGGAGAAGGUGAAGCAGCUGAUGCCCAAAGGAGACUUGGUGGCCUGCGACGUGGCUGCCGACUGUGCCGUGACCGCAGGUGUCUCUAACUGGGCCGGCUACGCUGUGGCCUGUGGGCUCUACCUGCUCCAUACCUGUCCUGCUCACCAGCGCUACCUGAGGAGAGGACUGGGACUGCAGCUGGUGACCUCUGACCUGCAACUGCAGGACUGGAGGAGGAACCUGCCGUCGGUCCAGAAGGAGGAGCUUUUCCUGGGAACACUGGUGCGUUUUGGAAUACGAAGUGGGAAAACUGGGAACCUGGCCAUGGAGGUGGACGGCUUGACCUUUCACCCUACACACUCCCAGAUGAUCAGCCGGCUCCUGGAGAUCACGCUAGGUUCCCCGGGUCAGAACCGACCCAUCAGCCAUGAUUAGGUCCUUGCCAGAGCGGCAGCCGAUUGCUAUGGUUACCGCUCUGAGAGGCGACGUCGGCUCAGGAUCGGUUAUUAUCAACCCUUUAUGAUUUCUCUGUAAUAAAGAUGUAAAUCAUGACUAAAUCAGUUCACCAGAACCGGGUCCAGAACUCUCCUGGCAGAGUUCUGGAUCCGGUUCUGGGUCCGUUUAAAUUCAAGAAUUUUCACUUUUCAGGAAAAUAAAUGAAGUUUUUCAUCUGAAA